ACCAGCCACACACUGUAUUGCCACUAACACAAUCUCUUUAUCUGUCUAUAUAACACUUCCAUACACUGACUGACCCUGUAUGAUUGAAGAUAUACUGAGAAAGCAGGACUGAAUAAAAUCACUUGCACAUUUUGGACACCAACCAGGAACAAAGCCGUCUGAUUUAGGUGACAGAUUUUUCGUGGAACCCCUGUGCAGAAAGAUGGAUAUGUCACAUGCACACCAUAAUCACCAUAGAGACAUGACCAUGUCACCUCCAAUCACAGACAGUGAGCACCCCGACACAGGCCAUGGCGGUAUGAUGAUGAUGCAAAUGACCUUCUACUUAGGCUACAAAAAUGUUGAGCUGCUAUUCGCCUGGCUUGUCAUCAACACUCCAGGAGAGAUGGCAGGUGCGUGCAUCGGUGUGUUCUUGCUGGCUGUGUUCUACGAGGGACUUAAGAUCAGUCGUGAGGUCCUGUUGAGAAGGAAUCAGGUGAACGUGCGUUACAACUCCAUGCCUGUCCCUGGAGCAGAUGGAACCAUCCUCAUGGAGACCCACAAAACAGUUGGCCAGCGAAUGCUGAGUGUUGCGCACUUGCUACAGACGGUUCUGCACAUCAUCCAAGUGGUGGUCAGUUACUUCCUCAUGCUGGUGUUCAUGACCUACAACGGUUACCUGUGCAUCGCCGUGGCGGCGGGCGCAGGGUUUGGCUACUUCCUCUUCAGCUGGAAGAAGGCAGUAGUGGUGGAUAUUACAGAGCACUGUCAUUGACCUCUCGACAAACCCCACGGCUGAUCAUCCCACUAAAUAACCUCAAAAACACCCACUGUACAAUCCAAACGUACAUCACAACUACUCAAUGUUUUUAGAGCACUGUAUGAAUGCUCUAAUUCAUUUUGGGAAAGAGUGAGGGCCUCACGGCUCCAUUCAUUUUAAAGCUUGGCUCUAUUUUGAUCCUCUAAGUUUCAUACAAAAUACAAUUUUUCAUAACCCUACCAUUCCUCGUUUCCAUCCCGUCACUAUUUCAAUCACUUUGACAGCUGCAUGUCUUCUGUAAUGUUAAAAUAUGUGUGAACAGCCCAACCGUCUACCUCCACGGUCAUAGUACACUAUCAGAGUGAAAGAUCACAACUCAGUUUAAUAUAAUAGUGUCUGCUGUCCACUUCACAUUAAUGUACAUGAAUGAAGGUGCUUUUGGGCAGUGCGAUACAGCCUUACUAAACCCCUUUGCCUUAAAUUAGGGAACACACACACACACACAAGAGGGCGACUGAAGACUAAGCUAAACUGCUUCUGGCAGACCUAGUAUACAAGCACUAGUGAUUAUAUUUAAGGUAGUGCUGGGAUGUUACGGCUGACUAUCCAAUUGUUUUUUGUCUUCUAUUUGAGCUGUUGGAGGAAUCAAUGAAACAACUAUUAAUGAGUGAUCAUUGUUUUGUCUCUGGAUUGAAAUGUUGAAUGAUAUAUGAUGUUUGCACAGAGAAAUAGAGGUUUAAUUAAACUCUGUGUUGGCAGAGCUGAAGUUGAACUUUGCUCCUUUGGAGUGCUUUUAAGUAAUUAUUCAGUGGGAAAUUAUUGGAAAAUAAAUGAAAUAUGAUGCCAGUGUAAUUUCUUUUUAUAAUUUUUAUUUGUAAACUCUACUACUUAAAUAACAAUGUAUUUGAUAUCAAAAACUUUUUUGGCAAUCUAUGUAGAUCCUUAUACAUUUUUUCCCACAUCUUUAAAAUGAUUGUGUUGCGUCACACAUAAUAAAUGAUGUAUAAAUCUAUAAAAAAUAUUUAAAAUAUUACAAAUAUAACGGUAACUACUCUGAUAGUCUAUAGAAUGUCAAUUUUAUUGUUUUUGAUGAUAGUUAUGCUCCUUUAUGGUAAAGGGGUGUGCCUUUGUCAUACUGGACCCAAUUAACUCCCAAUUUAAGGUUGGAAGAAGUGUCUGAAUUGUUCGUAAAAACAAAAACAUUUAAACAAAAAGGCUGGAACUUAAGGCUGUCUUACUGAAAAAAUAGCAAACCACACAGCAUUGUGGUUUUUAAGUAUCAUGUACUUUUUGCUUAGUUUAAUUUGUUUUCUGUAAUCUAUUUUAUUAUUUCAGAAGAAAAUGUUAAUGUCAUGUGCCUGUACCAAUAGUCAGGUACACUUUGUGGCACUGGAUUUGAGGAUUCGUUAUAUUCUUUAUCACGGGGCUUUGUCAUAUCAAAUCUGGGAUUGUUUUGAAAAAUAUAGUAGUAAACUGUAUCUGUGAGUCAUUUUUUUUGUAAAUAGGUUUCACAUUUUGGUGAACACUGAAGUGGAACACUAUACAAGCCCAUGUGUAGAAGAAUUGAGCCUCAUUUCCAGUUGUUAACAUUUCACAGUUCAGUCAUGUCUAUAGAAUUAAACCUAAAACAGUACUGUGAUUGUAAUAGUAAAUGACAAAUAAAUAUUGUAUGAUUUGAAGUAUACUUGUUGUGACUGCCUCUUCUGUGAACCUAUACUGUAUAUUAUUAGUUUGAAAAUGGAGAGCUGGUUCCAACAGUUUCUGUUUAAAGUCCUAUGCAAGACCAUGCUAAACACUGUUUCCGGCACUACAACACCACUGUUGAAUCCGCAUCACGACACAUACAGAGCGACCAGUGUAAAUUGAUUCCCCAGUGAGUGGCUCUUAUGAGCUAGUUCUUUUGAAACUACAGCACGAACAGUGUGGUCCGAUUCCCCAACAAAUGACUCUUAUUAUCCAAUUCUUUUGAAACUACACCAUGACCGGUGUGGUCCGAUUCCCCAACAAAUGACUCUUAUUAUCCAGUUCUUUUUAAUCUACAGCAUGACCGGUGUGGUCCGAUUCCCCAACAAAUGACUCUUAUUAUCCAGUUCUUUUUAAUCUACAGCAUGACCGGUGUGGUCCGAUUCCCCAACAAAUGACUCUUAUUAUCCAGUUCUUUUGAAUCAACAGCAUGACCGGUGUGGUCCGAUUCCCCAACAAAUGACUCUUAUUAUCCAGUUCUUUUGAAACUACACCAUGACCGGUGUGGUCCGAUUCCCCAAAAAAUGACUCGUAUUAUCCAGUUCUUUUGAAACUACACCAUGACCGGUGUGGUCCGAUUCACCAUCAAAUGACUCGUAUUAUCCAGUUCUUUUGAAUCUACAGCACGACCGGUGUGGUCCGAUUCCCCAACAAAUGACUCUUAUUAUCCAGUUCUUUUGAAUCUACACCAUGACCGGUGUGGUCCGAUUCCCCAACAAAUGACUCGUAUUAUCCAGUUGUUUUGAAUCUACACCAUGACCAGUGUGGUCCGAUUCCCCAACAAAUGACUCGUAUUAUCCAGUUGUUUUGAAUCAACAGCAUGACCAGUGUGGUCCGAUUCCCCAACAAAUGACUCUUAUUAUCCAGUUCUUUUGAAUCUACAGCAUGACCAGUGUGGUCCGAUUCACCAUCAAAUGACUCUUAUUAUCCAGUUCUUUUGAAUCUACAGCAUGACCAGUGUGGUCCGAUUCACCAUCAAAUGACUCUUAUUAUCCAGUUCUUUUGAAUCUACACCAUGACCAGUGUGGUCCGAUUCCCCAACAAAUGACUCUUAUUAUCCAGUUCUUUUGAAUCUACAGCAUGACCAGUGUGGUCCGAUUCCCCAACAAAUGACUCGUAUUAUCCAGUUCUUUUGAAUCUAUAGCAUGACCAGUGUGGUCCGAUUCACCAUCAAAUGACUCGUAUUAUCCAAUUCUUUUGAAACUACAGCACGACCUGUGUGGUCCGAUUCCCCAACAAAUGACUCUUAUUAUCCAGUUGUUUUGAAUCUACACCAUGACCGGUGUGGUCCGAUUCCCCAACAAAUGACUCUUAUUAUCCAGUCGUUUUGAAUCUACACCAUGACCGGUGUGGUCCGAUUCCCCAACAAAUGACUCUUAUUAUCCAGUCGUUUUGAAUCUACACCAUGACCGGUGUGGUCCGAUUCCCCAAC